UUCGGCAACGUCACCACAUUCCAGCAACCGACUACAAGUGUCGCCGCCGCGCCAGUCGCCACCUCUUUGUUAUCUCCACCACACUCACUCACUCACUACGCUCGGUGAGCUCCAUCAAUGGAGAAUCUCUCUGCAAUUUCCAGAAAUCCAUGCCUUAAUUCGUCGCCUCUUCGUCCUAAAACCACCACAGUACUUCCGUUUUCUCCGGCGGAGCUGCCGAUCAGGAAAAAUUCGCGGCGAGAUUUUUCGGUGAAAGCUGCGUUGAACGCCAAUACAGUCACUUCCCCAAUCGCUAAAGAGAAUGGCGAUGUGGUUGUUAUUGCCGAACCUAUUUACGAACGCACGCCUCGCAACCGCCCCCUCCGAACCCGUUCACAGCGGGUUUCACUUUGAUGGAACGGCCCGGAAGUUUUUUGAGGGCUGGUAUUUCAAGGUUUCUAUUCCAGAGUGCAGGCAGAGUUUUUGCUUCAUGUACUCUUUAGAGAACCCAGCAUUCUCUAAGAAAUUGAGCAGACUGGAGGAGGCACAGUACGGGCCGCGAUCAACUGGAAUUGGCGCUCAAAUUCUAGGGGCUGACGACAAGUUCAUCUGCCAGUUCUCUGAAGAAUCAAAGAACUUUUGGGGAGACAGGGAUGAGUUAAUGCUUGGGAGUACAUUUGUACCACAAAAGAAUAUGAAACCCCCAAAGAGAGAGAUCCCUCCGCAGGAGUUCAACAGCAGGGUUUUGGAGGGCUUCCAAGUUACCCCACUUUGGCACCAGGGUUCUAUUCGUGACGAUGGAAGGAAUGAUUUUGCAGAAAUUGUAAAGACUGCACGCUGGGCCUACAGCACACGCCCUGUUUAUGGAUGGGGAAAUGUUGGGUCAAAACAGAAGUAAACAGCAGGAUGGCUUGCUGCUUUUCCUGUAUUUGAACCUCACUGGCAAAUAUGUAUGGCAGGCGGACUUUCAACAGGUAUUUCUUUUAUCAUAGAAAAGCAAAAUACUAGUAAGAUGUCAUUGACAAAUGUCAUGAUCAAUUUAAGGAUGUUUUUCAUUUCUAAAUUUUGGCCAUUUUUCUAAAAAAAAUUCCAACACAUGUAAUUUGUGUUUACCAAUAUUGUAUCCUAAGAUGAGUUUGGUGCUGUUAAUAAUCAAAUGAUACCGUCUCUUCACACAUUUCGAACAGUCUUUAUAUGUAUACGUCUAUACGUUCUCUAUUCUUUACGUCAUGUUGAAAUUGGUGAUGUUGGAUCACUACUCCAAAUAAUAUAGUCCACACUCACAACAAAAUUACUCAAAUUAAUAAAUAUGUUGGUUAUUCAUUAUAUCACGUUUCAGUUUGUGCUGUUAUUGCAACAGUACUAUUAAUGAUAAACACAUAGUCCACAUACACAUAGUCCUCAUUUGUCAUAUAGUAUAUUCUAUCAAUUUGAUGAUGGUAGAGAUGAUUAUGCUCAUUUUAGAAAGGAGGUUGAAGCAACUUUUCUAUGGGCUAUACAUGAAAAUGUAGAAAAAGGUUUAGCUGCUUUGGAAUUCAUGGGGGCUAAAACACAUCAUAAUACUUCAACUUGAAACUGACCUUGUUCAGUCAGAUGAUGCAAGGAAACAGUAUGCAGAGAUUCAAAGGUUCACUAAGGGUACUAUUGCAGGUGGUGCGCCAAUAAUUCCAUUGCAUGCUAACAUGAAAGACAACAUCAAAUUUGUAUUGGAACACAUUGUGAAUAAUAUCCCUAUCCCAAAGAGGGAUUUCUUAUCACCACCACUUAUGAAAGUGAUUGGUUCUUUUGACCUUAAUAAGGUUUGGUCUGAGAUUGAUGAAAUUAAGGGGUAUUUCUGGCUGGUAGCAUUAAAAAAAAGGUAUAUUUCUGUUGUUCAAAUUGUAAAUAAUACUCCAGUUGAAGAUUAUCAAUUUCUAAGGUUGUAGUAGUCUAAUUGUUAUACAUUUUUGUUGCUGUCAUUAUUAGUAGUCUAAUAUGCUGUUCAAAUUGUAAAUAAUAGGAGUAUUCUUCUUGAAGAUUAUAAGUUUCUAAGGUCUAGUUCA